AUGGCAAAGUCUUCGCGCUCGAAGUGGAAGAAGCUGCAUAGGCGGCAGCGCGCGCAGGAGGUUGCCUCUGUCGUAGAGAAGCGUGUCGGUCGCCUGCAUGGCAAACUUCGCCUCGCGGCGGAGGGCGGCCUGAGCGCGGUCCCCAUGGAGGACCCCGAGACACGCUUUCACUUCGUGAAUCCCGAAAUGGACAUGAAUGUGCCGCAGAACUGCAAGGGGCCAAACAACAACUUUCAAGACAUACUCAGCGAGUCACUCGACUUCAAUAAACCGCUGCAGCUGCGACCCGCGCGGACGUGUUUUCACGGGAAGAGCGACCCGAACGCCCCACACCCAAUGACACAGCAGUUUGAGUUGCUGGACACAGCCGCACCUGUCGCUGGUCACGCCCUCACCGUCAAGGAUGUUGAGUAUGCGCCACUGGGGCGGGGGCAGGAGCGGCCGCUGCGCGUGGACCACUGCGGAAACGAGGCGGAAGAGCUUGGGACGGCCCACAACGACGAGGAAGGGAUGGAGGAGUUUGUUUUUGGGUGCAACGACGCCGUGGAAGAGACGUCAGCGAGCGCAAAAACCCUGCUGUUUCCCGCCCCGGGUACUGCGGCAGCGGCGAGGCAGAAGAGCAACAAAGUGGCCGCAGCACUGGAGGCAGUGCCUCAGCGCAUAGACAGCAUGACAGGGUCUGCGCAGCGCGCCGCCCGCGCCGUGCAGGUUUCUGGCACCAAGAAGGCAAAACGGCUGUCCAACAUCCCACCCACGCGCCUAGCGAGAUCCAGCGGUAGGGCGGCCCCAAAAAAGCGGGCCACAACUAGCUAG